UUUUUUUUUUUAAUGUCAGGGUAGCAACAUCCGAGGUUGAAGGCACAUACUCCAGUUCACGAUGGCUUCUCCGUCGGCAUCUGAGAAGCAGCAACAGCAUGUCCGCAAGAGCAUAGACUCAUCAUCGGGCGACCGAACCGCCGCUGCGACACCGGACGUCAACAUGCUCCGGGACGACAAGCACAUCCCCGACGACUCGAGUCUAUCACACAGCCGAUCGAGCAGAGACGACUCCAGCGACGACAAUGGCAACGACCUCGCGCCGCAGCAAUCCAAUGCUUCUUCAGUAUGGGCCGUUGACAGCAUGUCAUUCCCCCGCGAAGCCAUGUUCGUAAUCAUUUGCUGCAUGGCCCAGUUCUGCACUCAGGCCGCCUACAUGGAAACCCUCGUCCUCCUCCACGUCAUCGGCGGCUCCUUCCACGUAGACAACCCAGCCCGCCUAGCCUGGCUCGUCGCCGGCUACUCCCUCACCGUCGGUACCUUCAUCCUCUUCUCGGGCCGCCUCGGCGACGCCUUCGGCUACAAGCGCAUGCUCAUCAUCGGCUUCGCCUGGUUCUCCGUCUGGUCCCUCAUCGCCGGCCUCAGCGUCUACUCAAACUUCACCCUCGCCGUCUUCUCCCGCGUCCUCCAGGGCAUCGGCCCGGCCAUCUGCCUCCCCAACGCCCUCGCCCUCUUCGGCGCCGCCUACCCGCCAGGCCACCGCAAGGCCAUGGUCUUUUCCUUCUUCGGCGCCGUUGCGCCCAUGGGCGGCGUCGUCGGCGCCGCCAUCGCCUCGACGCUCGAGCUCGAGUGGUGGCCCUGGGCGCUGUGGGCCCUCUCCAUCUGGCUCGCGAUCCUAGCCGUCGCGGGGUACUUCAUCAUCCCCGAGCCGCACCACGCCAAGCUCGAUCGCCCCCCGAGGACGCUGAGCGACAUGUUUGUCGAGCUCGAUAUCCCCGGCGCCGUCACGGGCAUCGUGGCGCUGGUCCUCUUCAACUUUGCCUGGAAUCAGGCGCCCAUUGACGGCUGGAAGACGCCCGAGGUCCUCGUCCCGCUCAUCCUCGGCCUCGUCCUCUUUGGCGUUUUCACCGCCAUCGAGUUCAAGUACGCCGAGAAGCCCCUGUUGCCCUUUGACGCCGUCAACGCCGACGUCGCCUUUGUCCUCGCGGCCGUCGUCUGCGGCUGGGCGACCUUUGGCGUCUGGACGCUCUACCUCGUGCAGAUCCUCCAGGAGAUCCGCACGCUCUCGCCCCUGCUCACGUGCGCGUGGUUCUCGCCCGUCGUGGUGACGGGUGGCCUCGCGGCCGUCAUCACGGGCAAGCUGCUCGGCCCGCUCAAGGUGCGCCCGCCCGUCGUCAUGACGAUGGCGCUCGUCGCCUUCACAGUCGGCGUCAUCCUCACGGCCACGGCGCCCGAGAACCAAAUCUACUGGGCGCAGAUCUUUGUCUCCAUGAUCAUCAUGCCCUUUGGCAUGGACAUGAGCUUCCCCGCCGCGACGCUGAUCCUGUCGAACGCCGUCAAGAAGGAGCAUCAGGGCAUCGGGGCGAGUCUGGUCAACACGGUGGUCAACUACGGCAUCGCGCUCGGCGUCGGGUUCGCCGGCACGGUCGAGGUGCAUGUCAGCAAGGGCACGGGGACCAAGGAGGAGCAGUUCAAGGGAUUCCGGGGCGCGUUGUACAUGGGUGUCGGGCUCGCUGGGUUGGGACUGUGCGUUGCGUUGACGUUUUUGGCGAGAGAGUGGCGGCAUCGGAAGGGCGGUUCAGGGAACGAGGAGAAGGCUGCCGAGGCGCAGACGGGGAACUCAUGAUGAGACUUUUCAUAGAAUAGAUGAGGUAGCUGCUCGGCGCAGCCAUAGAAUAGAUAUUGAUAGACAACAAAGUUUUGUUCACAAA